UUCAUCAACUUGCAUCUGAAUCCAUGCGUCCCUGUCGAUUGCGGGGCGAUUAGAAGAGGAAUUAGACGUUGGGCAACCUUUAAUUCCAAUUUAAUGGGACCCCUCCAAGAGAGAAUUCCCAUUAAAGACGACAUUUUUCUUUUCUUUUCUUUUCUUUUGCUGUUGGAGUGGAAGUCAUAUGAUGUCGGAAGCCAUGUAUAAAAGCUCCCCACUUGAAAAGCCUUCGUUCUCUGCAAAUUACAUUGAAUUCUCUCUCUCAACGGACCAGGAGCCUGUGAUUCUGCUGUGAAAGGUGGGAUCUUUUGCGGGGGGUUUCCACCUUGCUGAGGAGCGCUGAGGAGAUCGAAAUGGGGGAGUCUGCUUGCCUUCGGAGGUCGUUCUCUCACCCUUCUGAUGCUUCCCGUGAAGCCGCGCCGUGACUUCUGAUAAACUUACUGGGGAGAUGAAAAUUUGGGAAAUUCCAGGGCGACCCGAUUCGCGCACUCACGGAGUCUGUCUCGUUUGGAAGAUUUAUGUCUGAGUCGUUGGCUUGGGAAAAAUGGUCGACCUUCUCUCACAAUCGUUACCUGGAGGAAGUUGAGAAAUUCUCAAAGCCAGGAUCCGUUGCACAGAAGAGAGCCUAUUUCGAAGCACAUUACAAGAAAAAGGCUGCGACACAAGCGACAUCACAGAUUGAGGAAGUGGGAGAACCAAACUCUGAUGUUCCCAGGCUGGAGGAUAUCCACACUCGAGGGGUUGAGUCUACAGGGGAAUCGGAAUCGGCGAAAGCAGACACUCUUGAUGCCCAUGAUGAGAAUCUGAAGAAAGAUAGCGUUGAAGCUAUGUUAACUUCCUCUGGUGAUAAAGAUGAAUCAAAUCCAAUGAAUGAAAGAAGCAAAUUGGAGAUAGCAGAGGUUGCAAGUCCUGAGAAUGUAAAAGCUGAGCUUGCUGAAAAGCUCUUGUCUCCAUCUGAAGACCAGAGUCACUUUGAUAAUCCAGAGUUCACCGCAAAUAGUACGGCUUCCCAAAAGAUCAAUGUGCCAGAUCAGGCACCUGUUGAUCAGCAGAUUUUAACUUCAUGUGAGAAAAAGCAAGCGCUUUCUUCCUCGAAGUCAUCAACUCAAAGCAGAGCGCUGAGAUUGCCGCCUCCACAUGCAAAGGCAAUGACAUCUAUGCAACCAAGAGGUCCAAGACAUGUAAACAAUACUGUUCCAAACAGUCAGACUCAGACGGUCAGAAGCUCGGUUAAGGAGUAUAGAUCAUCUUCAAAAUCUCUCCACAUGUCGAUCAAUUUAGCUUCACUUGGUGGUAGUAGCACCAAAAUGAGUUCUCAGCAGUUUCUACAAGUAAGGAAAAAUGAAGAGUGCAAUGCUUCCCCAAAAAUCGAGAAGGACAAUUCAAUUGCUCUGAAAGCUCAAACUCGAGCAUCUUUAAGGAAGUCAGUGUGUUCUGCAAUUCCUGCAUCACAAGAUAGAAGCAGCUCGAAAUGCGCAAGUACAAAUGGAAGCAAAGCUCGAUCAACAACUGUGUGCUCGCCUUUUAGCUUCAGGAGUGAAGAAAGAGCUGCAAAAAGAAAGGAGAAGCAGGAAGAGAAGAACCCAGUUAUGAAGGCAGAAGUGCAGCCACUGCAAACAUACAAGGGGAAAGCACAGCAAGAUGUCAGAAAACUGCAGCACGGAUUUGGUUUCAAAGCAAAAAAGAAUGACGAAUUAUGUCAAGGAUCUCAAUCACCAUGCCCUCACAGCAAGUGCUCGCUUACCAGACCACAACCAUCUAAACUCGAUGGUCAGCCAACUCCAGACAAAUGCCAAAGGUCUCGGCCUUCUCAACGUAUCAAGAUCAAUGCCGAGAGCCCCAACCAUGUCAACCGUAAGAUUAGCCAAAGUACAACCAAUCACCGGACAUUUUUACCACAGAGGAAUGUGCAAGAAAAUGCUUCUCCAAAUAUCCAGGUGUAAGCAGGUGAAACAGGAAGCAUUCAAAAAUAGCAUUUUCGUGGUGGUCAACACUGAGGUGAUUAAACCUCCCACGACCACCAGAUCUCUGAAAUUAUGCACAUAUAUUCGAAGUGAAAAAAUUUUAGUCUUAUGUGAAGGAUCUAUGGCAUGCACUAGUAUAGAUUCUGCUACUUGUCAAGAGCCUAGUUUCAGCUUCAUAGAAAGGGUGUUCUUUGUUCGGCUAUUAUAAAUAAAAGAAGUCUUCUUCUUCCCUACAAAA